AUGGAAAAUCUACCACUUAUACCAGGCUAUACAUUUCAAGAUCCAAAUAUCAAAGACUAUAGGUUAUUACAAAAAUUUCAUUUUUUAAAUGGUUAUCGUGUAGUACGUGAUAGACACAGUGGUAUCGGAGGAAGACCAAUAGAUAUUGCAUCUAGUGCUUAUGUAAAAGAAGAGGAUUCUGUACAAUUAAAAUUUAGUUAUGAUCCAUCAUUAACAUAUGGUCGUGUAAAGGAAUAUGCAUAUCGACAAUUCAUUCCACACUAUGCGCUAUUUGCGCAGAAAUGCCUCUGCUUUAAAGCGUUUUUUCGUCAAGGAGUUUUUAAUUCUCCAGAUGAACAUUUUCGUAUACGUCAUGUUAAUAUAAUAUAUCAUUUGGAGGAUGAUACUGUAUGUGUAAUUGAGCCUGCAAUUGAUAAUGUCGGCUUUCAGCAAGGAAAGCUUGUUAGACGUGAUAAAAUUAUAAAAAAUAUAAAUGGCGACACAUUUCAUUGGAAAGAUUUUAAUGUUGGAAUUGACGUAUGUAUUUAUGGCGUAGUCUAUCAUAUUAUUGAUUGCGAUCUAUUUACUAGAGAGUAUUUAAAUAGCCAAGGUAUAGAUGUUGGAGAUAAGGAAGAACCUCCUGUAGAUCCUUAUACAGAACUGAGAUUGAGCAAGCAGAAAACAUUAACUUGUAUUACAAAAAUAUCAGAUGAUGUUAGACGACGAUUUUUAGAAUAUGAUAAAAUGGUAUUAUUGUUCACUGCAACUUGGGAUGACGAUAUUUAUCAGAUUAUGUAUUUCUUGACGGACGAUACGAUCGCUGUUCGUGAAGUACAAAAACCGAAUAGCGGGAAAGAUCCGAUACCAAUGCUAUUAAAAAGAAUGAAAGUGCCAAAGGAUUGGAAAAAUUUGCCAUCAACUUAUCCUGCUGCAUAUAUGGAAUAUGGCGAUCCAGAGAUCAUUGAAUACUAUACACCAAGUGACUUUUUAAUAGGUGGUACAGUUUUUAUAUUCAAUCGACGAUUUUUUUUGCAUGACUGUGACUCCUUCACACGAAAAUAUUAUUCAGAUAUGUUAGGAAUAACGCAACCGGAAGCAAUUCCUUUUCCAACAAAAGACGUUAUAGCUGCACCAGAAUAUAAACCUCCACCACAUAUAAUCUUCGGUACACCUGAAGAUACUUACGUUUCUUGUCUAUCAUUUAUACCGGAACCACCUAAGAAAGAUGUUAUUCGACAACUUCUUAAUUUCCCUAAAAAACUACGUUAUUCUAUGAAAAUAGACAUAGUACAUCCGGAGGAUAAAAGUCGCGACUUUAUUUUAGAAUACAGUUUAAGUGACGGUACUGUACUCGUGCAGGAACUUCAAAAACGUAAUUCAGGACGUCGCGAAGGUUGUUUCUUAAAAGCAACAUUGGUUGCAAAACCAAAGACUGGAAGAGAUAAUCCAGAAUAUUAUACCCCUCAAGAUUUCUAUGUCGGUGCAAAAAUUAAUAUUUUUAAUCAUUAUUUCAUAAUAACUGGCGCUGAUCUCUUUGUGUAUCGUUACAUUGAGGCGAAUCCUGAAAAGUUUCCACAAAAAGUACGAGAUAAUAUUCGUAAUUAUUUAGUUAAGCAAAAUUUACUUUCCGCCGAUAUAGGGACAGAAACGAAAAAGAUUCAGGAUAAUGAAGAAGCGAAAUUGCAAUCGCUUGAACCGUCUAGAGAGACCAUUACAAGGGAUAUUAAUAUGAAACAAUGUAUAAAGGAUUUUGAAAUUCAAACUAAAUGUCGAUAUGAAGGAGAACAUGGUGAAUUACGACCACGCACACCACCACCAGAAGAACUUUGUCCAGAUUUAAUAACAAAUAAUAAACAACCAUCUCAUCAAGAUCCAAAGAUAUUUACUGAAAACAAAGUAAAAAAGAAAGCAAAAUAAAAUGGGAUGAUCAGGUGCAAUGAUGAUAAAGAAAUAUUAUUUCUGAUCAAUAAUUACGUUCAACACAAUAUUUUCAACAAAUUUAUAAAUAUACAUUAAUUUCACACUUUAAAAUAUGGUUUUCCUAAUUUAAAUAAUUGUUUUAAGUAAGUUAAUAUUUGAUAACGCAUGAUCAUAAAACAUUGGUAUUAUACAUGUAUUACGUUGAACGCAAUUACUAUUCAAUCUUUUAUCAUUUUUUAAUUAUAGAACUUGUAAUCAAAACUAAAUCAAAUUCAUAUUUUCUAAAAAAUUCAUUGCCUGCAUACAUGAUUCUGUAAUAGUUCAAUUUGAAUAUUAAAUUCAUAGUUCAAAUCAAUAUUUAAUCAAGUACAAUUAUACAAUGUAAAUACUAAACAAUGUAGUACAUUACAAGUAUACUAUUUGUAUGUCUGCAUAUUAUAAUACAAUGAUAAUAUACAGAUACACAGUCUGUAUACAUUAGCAUGUGCUAUAUUAACCAUAAAAUAAAGUUUAGAUAAACUUUGGAAUCCAAACAUUUUUAAGCAGAAUUCUAAAAUGAUUGAAAAAAAGCAACUAUUUUCAAUAAUAAUUUCCCAUAAAAUACUUCUUAGUAAAUAGUCUAACAAAAUAUUUUAGUGCUGUUCAACUGAAAUACAGAACUUUAAUAGAUUUCAUUUUUAUUCAGUUUUUAGUUAUUGGACAUUACUACAUGUCCAUUUUCUGAGCAACUUAUUCUACUUGUAAACUAUAAAUAAGCUAAAGUGAUUCAAAAACAUUGGCUACAAAUUUUUAAUAUUGAUAUAUUACUUUAAUAAAAUGUGUUUGUUUUUUAAUCAUUUACAAUAUAAAAACAAGAAAAGAGAUUUGUAAUAUAUACGAUUCAGAUUCCCUUUCUUGUUGUUUAUAAUUGAGUAUGCAAAAGUAGUUAUGAUAAUAUGCAUACCUUCAUUAAAAAAUCUGCAUUAAACUAUUCUGUGGUUUAAUUCAUUGAUUAAUUUUGUACAAACUCUUUAAUCAACUCAAAAUCUCAUGUCACUACUUUGUGAUUGAUUCUUUGAUCAUAUGGAAAAUGAUACUAAUUUGCAAUGAAAAAGUAAUUUAAUUUUUAUAAAACUUAAAGAACUCAAAUUUCCUUAUUUCACUGCUUCUUUUACAAUUUUCUACAAAUUAAUUACUAUAUGUAACUAUGUAUAUGUAAAUGUGUAUAUAUAACUACCAGCAAAAUGUAAUCAAAUCUAAGAUGGAAUCUAUUA